AUUUUACACACAUCUUAAGAAAGUGGGUUUGGUUGGUACUGUUUGGCAUUGUUUGGACACUGUUUGGCACUGUUUUGCACUGUUUUGCACUGUUUUGUUUGCCAAAAAAGGAAAGGGAACUUUUAUUUAAGGAUGGCCCGAAAAGGAAACAGAUGCUUUUAUUUAGGGACGGAGGGAGUAUAUAUAUAGAAAGAAAGUCAUUCUCCUGUCCAGCACUUUUCUGUCCUAACACCGUCCAACACCGCCGUUUGGGGUGGUUCCCCGCGGAUUUUUUUGAUGAGGAACAUGCUCAAAAAAUUUCAUCAAAAAAUUCCACCGAGAACCGUCCCAAACAGCGGUGUUCGGACGGUAUUCGGACCGGGAGGUGCUGGACCUAUAUAUAUAAAGUGUGCAAUACGUUAGAACUUCCAAUCAUUCAUCAGCAAAAGGUGAAGGUAAAAAAACUUUACAUAUAUGGACAAAGAAAGGGUAACUAAAUUGUUGCUGGUGAUCUUAUGUAUUGUCUUGGUACAUGAGGUGGAGAUACUUAGUGCUCAACAACUCAAAGCUUCUGUUAUAGAUUGCCAGGCAAAAUGCAAUUAUCGUUGCAGCAAGUCGUCGAGGCAUAAGAUGUGCAUUAGGGCAUGCAAUACUUGCUGCCGGAGGUGCAAUUGUGUUCCGCCAGGGACUGCCGGGAAUGAGGACGUCUGCCCUUGUUAUGCCAACAUGACAACCCACGGCGGUCGACACAAAUGUCCAUAAUCCGCCGCGCCGUCUGUAAUUACAUAUAGUACUCCAUCGAUCAUAUACGUAACGUAUUCCAUAUUAUGUUAUAGUCCGUAUAUACGAAAUUUAUUCAAACUAUAUAUAGAUACAAGUAUGUUAUUACUACGUGAUAAAGAUAGAUGCAGAUUAUAUACUUCGUAUAUAAGAAAGGAUCGAAAACUAAACUUGUUUCAUCUUUAUUUGUUUUUUUUUUGUAUCUCCCGAC